GCCUAACUUUUCAGCGUUAAAAUCAAUUUUAUCUCAAAAAUUCCUUAACAUGCAAAAACUGACUGCGUCCCAGGUCAUCAGCAGGGUCUGCAAGAAGUCUUACCCUAUCGAAGCCCUUGUGCAGACAGAUGAGGACCCUUUAGUCAAGCAGUUUGAGAUUUUGAAGGAUCGAGAAAUGAACUUGAGCAGGAAGAAAACAGACCUAGAGGGGAAAUUAAAAUAACAAAGAAAGUGAGAUUACAAAGUUUAGAUUGCAGAAUGCUGAGUUGGAGCAGAAGUUUGGAGUUAUUAGUAGAGAAAAUGGGGAGUUGGUGGCUCAGCUCAAGAAAUAUAAAAAUAUGGAAGGUCAGAUUGAAAAGGAUAAAGAUACUCUUACUAGAUACGAAUACCAAUUAACCCAAGCUAAGGAGAAAAUCCAAGAACUACAAAAAGUCAUUGGUGACCUCACUCGGCAUCAAAAAUGAAUCGAGUACGAUAUGAGUGAAACUAUCAAAAGAUUCGACGAAAUGAUGAAGAGCGCCAAAAUAAUGGAAGGUGAAAUCAGGAUCAAAGACGUCAUGGUCAAGAAACUCAAGAAAAAUUUAAGUUCACUCAAGAGUUAUAUAACCACAUCUGAAAUGACAGGGGAUGGGAAGGAAGGGCCUGGAAGACCAGGAACCAUCUCUCCUAGUCUAGAAUCGUUUGGAUCACAGCAGAUUUUGACGACGAAGGAAAAGAGAGUUCAGACUUUGAUUACAGGCAAUGUGAUCAAAGCCACCUCUAUUUUGCAACAACAACAGGUUACUUCUGGGCAAGAUUUUAUGACAGAGCCUUCAAUGAGUAUUACAGAUAACGAAAAUGCGGCUACAAAGAUUGAAGUUGGUGUGAAAAAGAAAGUGUUUUCCCAUUCUCCUCCAGUCUUAAAGAGCAAUGACACCCAAACUCCUAGAUCAAAGAGUAAAUCUAAAAAGAGGAUUCAAGAGAGAUCAAUCUCUGAAGAGAGUAACCUCGAAGGUAGAGCCUCUUCUAGAUUUAGUGUUCAAGUUCGCAACAGAGAAAACCCUCUUGAUAAAGCCAUAAAAGCUAAAAGUGGCUCUAACACAAGUAAGAAUGAGGAUGCUAUGAAAGAUCUCGUCAAAGAGAAGGAAAAAAUUACGAAUUUCUUCUUAGAAUGCGGAUAUAUGGUCCAUUCCCAAGUCCAGACUAAAAAGAUCAACAAUAAAUACUUCAAAGAUGUUAAAACAAAGUCAGUAGGGACUCAGAGGCCGACUGAAGACGAAAAGAUAAAUGAAAUCCUUGAUGGCGUUGAUGCCAAAUCAGUUGCCCAGACGCAGCUCAAUUUGCUAGUUGAAACAUUGGAGAAAUUAAAACGAAAUGGAGCAAUUAAAGCAAUAAAUCUGACAAAAGAGGAUAUCGAGACCAUUAAAGAGGAAAUGAAAAACCUUAUUAUUGAAAAAGCAAAUCAAGAGACUGAUAAUAGUAAAUAUAUACCAGCCAAUAGGACAAUGUACUCUGGUGGAACAUCGUUUAAGACUGCAGGGGCAUUAAAUAUAGGCAUGAAAGAUCCCACAUUACAUUAUUCGAGUCAAAAUGAUACUAGCUAUCAACCACCUCCUACUAAGCGGAAGAGUAAGAUUAAUGGAGGUGUGGCUGCUGUAAGAUUUGCAAAGAAAAUGAUGAAGAAAAGAAAAUAA